AUGAGGCUGUCCUGGGCGCUUCUCCUGCUCGUGGCAGCCCUGGCACUGGAGGGGACAGCUGCCACCCGCUGCCCCACACCCUGUGUUUGCGACAACCUCCGCGCUCACGUCCUCUGCCUCAACGGGAACCUGAUGGCCAUCCCCAGCACCAUCCCACAGCUCACCAAAAAACUGGACCUUCAGGGCAACAGCUUCACGGUCAUCCCCGUGGGAGCCUUCCUCGCCACCCCGUACCUCACGCACUUGGACCUGCAGCGCUGCAAGGUGGAGAGGCUGGAGGAAGGUGCUUUCCGGGGGCUGGGGAGGCUGGUCUACCUCAACCUGGCCUCCAACAGCAUAGCCCUCCUCUACCAGGAGUCCCUGGAUGGGCUGUCCUCUCUCCAGCAGCUCAUCCUGGAGGGGAACCGCAUCGAGGAGAUCCAGCCGGGUGCUUUUGGCCAUCUGGGGUCCCUCACUGUCCUCGACCUGAGGGCGAACGCCUUGGUUUACCUCCCAGACAUGGUCUUCCAGGGUCUGCAGGUCCUCAGGUGGCUCCGGCUGUCCCAUAAUGCCCUCCAUGUGCUGGGCAGCGAGGCCUUCACUGCCCUGCCCGCCCUGCGCAGGCUGAGCCUGGACCACAAUGAGCUGCAGGCACUGCCCAGCGAGGCCCUGGCCAGGCUGGAUGGGGUCACCCGGCUGGACCUGGGCCACAACCCCAUCACCUACGUGGCCGAGGAGGCCCUGGCCAUGGCCUCCCUGAAGCACCUCUCCCUGGACCAUACUGCCCUCCAGGAUGUGGCGCCCAAUGCCUUUGCCCACAGCCCCCAGCUGCGCACACUGGACCUCCACGAAAACCAGCUGCGGGGGCUGCCGCCCCUGGCUGGGGCCAGGGGGCUGGUGAGGGUCAGCCUGGCCGGGAACCCCCUGCUCUGCUCCUGCCUCCUGCGCCCCUUCCACGACUGGCUGGCAAGGGCACGGGUGCAGGUGGAAGGGGCCUGUGCCGCACCCCCUGCCCUCCGUGGCCGGCCCCUUGACUCCCUGAGGCCCCCCGAGAUGAGAUGUGGCCACCCCCGUCCCCCCCGCCCUGUCACAGCACCAGAGCAGCCAAGGGCGGCCAGCAGUGGGCAGUGCCCCCAGGGAUGCGCCUGCUCCCCCGAUUUCCGGCACGGGUCCUGUGAGAACAAGGACCUGCGGAAGAUCCCCUGGGGCUUCCCCAGGGACACCCGCCUCCUCGACCUGCGCCGAAAUGCCUUUGGGACGGUGCCGCCGGGCGCCUUCCCUGGCCUGAAGGAGCUGGUGUCCCUCCACCUGCAGAGCUGCAGCAUUGGGGCGCUGCGCCCUGGGGCGCUGCGGGGGCUGGAGAGCCUGGUCUACCUCUACCUCACCGACAACCGCCUCUCCACCUUGGCGGCCACUGCCUUCGAAGGGGCCCCGCAGCUGGCCUACCUUGACCUGGACCGCAACGCCUUCGCCCGCCUGCCCACGGGUGCCUUCCAGCUCCUGCCCAACCUCAUCUCCCUCCACCUGCAGCACAACGCCAUCAGGGAGCUGGCAGAGGGCGACCUGGCUGGGGCCGGAGGGUUGCGCUGGCUCUACCUUGCUGGGAACGCCAUCGGGCGCAUCGCCCCCACCGCCCUGGCUCCUGCCAAGAUGCUGGAGAAGCUGCACCUGGAGGGAAACCACCUGGCAGAGGUGCCCACAGCAUCCCUGUGGGGCCUGCCCGCCCUGAGCGAGCUGAAGCUGUCCCGAAACCCCAUCAAGCGCGUGGGGGACAGUGCCUUCCUGCCGGUGGCCUCCAGCCUGCAGCACCUCUACCUGGACAACAUGGGCCUGGAGCAGAUUUCCCCUGGUGCCUUCACUGGCCUUGGUCCCAGGAUCAGAAGCCUCUACCUGGAGAGCAACAAAAUGAGCCACAUCCCCGACAUGAGCAACUUCACGGGGCUGGAUAUCCUCAACCUGAGGGAUGUGCCUUUCCACUGCGACUGCCAGCUCCUUCCUCUGCGCAGGUGGAUCGACAAACUCAACCUCCGCAUAGGGGCCACCUGUGGGUCCCCUGCAGAAGCCCGGGGGCUGAAGGUGAAGCUUUCCACCACUUUCCAAACCUGCCCUGGCUGGGGCCGAGGCAAGGCUGGGGGAACCAGUCCUAACAAGACCAAGGCUGCAAGCAAGCCCAGCAAGAAAAAGAGAUCAGGAAAAUCACCAGCCAGAGGCUUCAAGAAGAGCAGAGCUUAG